CCUUAGCGCUUGACUGAUGUGUUCUUCGGAAAAUUGCACAAUCGGAUGAGGUGUCAACAAUGAGACAUGAUCAACGACGAUUUGACGCGAUUAAACCGUGAGCACUCUAAACAAGCCCAAACUACUGAACUAAUUUUGCUGAAACUCAGUUUGAAAAUAAUUUUAAGCCCUGGAAAGUAAUAUGGAAUACAACUCGUCCCACUGCUAAAUUCGGAUCUCCCGACCACGCGACUUAAACUAUAACCCACGCAGGAAAAGCUGCAGACGUAAAACUUGCGUGUUGUGUGUGUUUAUGUAUGUGCAUUCUUAGCAGAAAAUAAACCUAAACAAAUAAACCUAAUCAAAUCUCGUCGGACAAGUAGAUUCAUUUUAUAUACUUAUUACAUAAAAUUAUAAAUACAAGAUUUGAGUUUGUCUUUGAUUCAAUGUUGAUUCAUCCUCAUUACGAUUUCAAACGCGUCAGUAGUGUGUUGUAAUAUCACAAGAAUAGAUUGAAUCAUUAAUAAAAUGAUAAUAUUAUUUUGUUUGCUUGUCGUGACUAGUUUGGCAAGUAGUGAUAACAGUAGUCAGGAUGAGGGCUUUAGAACGAUUGCUGCUUACAACUUUAAUCAUCCUCCAAAUGUGGACUAUAACCCACUACCAGUCGAUGUAGUUUAUGAACAAAAAAAGCUUGAAGAAAAAUCAAGCGAUGACGUCAUCACAACAACCGAAUAUUACGAAGAAAUAAUUGAUGAUUCUGAAAUCACUAAAGAAGACACCAGUACAGAAAGCUUGAAUUUCAAAACAGAGCUGAAACCAAAAGGGCGCUCUUUAUUUGAUGGUACAGUUCAAUCAGUAACAGUGGCAAAUGCGUUUAAAGUCCAAGUUGAUGAUACAAUUGUUGGAAAAAACAGGAUUGUAACUAGGAAACCUUCAAAAGGUAGACGCCGUCAACAACAAGAAACCAUAGGGCCCUUGAAGUCGAAACCAAGUAGUUCCACUGUUAAACCUUUUACGAUAACUCCAUCACAAAAUGAAAGAAUUUCUUUGUUACCUGUCCAGGAAAAUCAAAGAAAUAUUAACAAAAGAACACGUGAACGUGAUCCAGUUGUCCCUAUAAUAGAAUCAGAAAACUACAUUUACUCUCAUAAGGGUAAUUUCCACUACAGCUACGAAGGUGGAGAUGGUACUAAAGCUUUUGAGCAAGGCGAACUAAGAAGGUUUGAUGAUGAUACUGCAGGAGAAACUGUUUCUGGAAGUUUUUCUUAUAAAGACAGGGAUGGCAACGAUUUUAGUUUAUCGUACACAGCUGAUGAGAACGGUUACAGACCUGUGGGCGCCCACUUGCCAACUCCACCUCCCAUACCCCCGGCGAUCGCCCGUGCUUUGCAGUACUUAGCUACAAAACCAACAGAAUCGGCCACUGAAAUUUAUUAUUGAAGUCUAAACUAGGUUAAGACAUUGUGUAAGUGCACUGAUGUAUCUUAAUACUUAAAAAAUAUAUAUUAAAAGAAUUGGUUGCAACAAUUCAAUUCUCUGAAAUGUUAAUUCUCGAUGUACAAUCACUUUAAAAUUAUUUAAAAAUUAAUCACCGUCAUAAUAAAGUCAUUGGACAAAAUUCUGAGCUUUAACAUGUAUUUAUUUACCUGAAUGACAUUUGUUCUGACCCGAAUGAGGUUACCGAGAAAAACUAGUUUAGAGGUCAAAAUUACUUAAAGUUGAUAAAACAAAAUGAAUACAUUAUUUGAAUUGGUUUA